AUGUCAUUCCAGGAACGGGCAACCAGUGAGCAAUCAUGAGUGGACGAGGCAAAGGCGGCAAGGGGCUUGGUAAAGGAGGCGCCAAGCGUCACCGUAAAGUUCUACGUGACAACAUCCAGGGUAUAACUAAGCCCGCCAUCCGUCGUCUGGCUCGCCGUGGUGGAGUCAAGCGCAUCUCUGGUCUCAUCUACGAGGAGACUCGCGGCGUGUUGAAGGUUUUCCUGGAGAACGUGAUCCGUGACGCAGUCACUUACACCGAACACGCCAAGAGGAAGACUGUGACCGCCAUGGAUGUGGUCUACGCCUUGAAGAGGCAGGGACGUACUCUGUAUGGCUUCGGAAGUUAAACUGGACCCAACGAUAACCACCAAAGGCUCUUUUAAGAGCCACACACUCUGCUAUGAGCUACUUCCUAGUGUGAAAAGUGGUAUGAAGCUAGGCAUUGAAUCGUUACUGCUAUAAAAUUAUAUAUUUUUUUUAAAUAUU